CAAAAGCAUCAUCAGACGGUUCUCUCCUCUGCUUCCUUUUUCUUUUUUCUUUCUUUUCUGAAGUAAUCUCCCACUCCCACACCGUUCUUCUCCGUCUCUGUGGAGCACUAAAUGCAGCAAAUGCAGUUGCAGCAGCAGAGCAGUCGUUUGGCGCCACUGUCGGAGGAGCCGAUCGGCGAGGACGACGGCCGGAGCCGGAAUCGGAAUCAUCGGAGCCGAAUCGAGAGCGGCGGCGGCGGACGAUCAUCGUGGCGGAACUGGAUCAGGACUCAUCUCUCCAUCCUCUCUUGCGGCAGAAGAUCGGACGGCCUCAAUGUGCUCCUCAGCGUCCUCGGCUGCCCGCUUUUUCCGGUCUCCGUUCAGCCAAAUCAUCUCUCCUCCACCAACCAGGUUUCCUCGUCGGCUGAAUACAUAAUAGAGCAUUUCACGGCGGCGACGGGGUGCCGGAAGUUGAAGGGGAGAGUGAAGAACAUAUUCGCAACGGGGAAACUGACGAUGGGGAUGGCGGAUGAGGUCAGCUCCGGCGGCGGCGGUGGCGGCGGCGGAGGAGCGACGACGAGCGGAGUGGCUCAAAAAGGUUGCUUCGUGAUGUGGGAAAUGAUUCCGAAUAAGUGGCUGAUAGAGCUGGCGGUGGGAGGCCACAGCAUCGUGGCCGGCAGCGAUGGCAACGUCGCUUGGCGCCACACGCCUUGGCUUGGCUCCCACGCCGCUAAAGGUGCCGUCCGCCCUCUCCGCCGAGCUUUUCAGGGAUUGGAUCCCGUGGCAAUUUCAGAGGUAUUCUCUCCGGCGCAGUACAUGGGAGAGAAGCAAAUCAUGGCCGUUGAUUGUUUCGUGUUGAAAUUGUCAGCCGAUCAGACGCACCUCGCCGAGCGAAGCGACAACACGGCGGAGAUGAUCAAGCAUGCGAUCUACGGCUACUUUUGCCAAAGACGUGGCCUUUUGGUCUACUUGGAAGACUCCUCGUUGACCCGGAUCCAAUCCCCUGGUUCGCAUCCCAUCUAUUGGGAGACAACCAUGUCGACGAAGAUCGAGGAUUAUCGGGCGGUGGACGRCGUCAUGAUCGCCCAUUCAGGUCAAACCAACGUCAUCAUCACACGGUUCGGCGACGAUCUUAAAGCGGGUCCCAUGAUCACACGUUUGCAGGAGACGUGGAAUAUUGAUGACGUGGCAUUUAACGUUCCUGGAUUGUCUAUGGAUAGUUUCAUCCCACCUAAGCAAGUACAGAAGGAUCAGACAAUGACGAAUGGAGGACCUUGGCCAUCUUCGUAUAGUAACUAGAGUUUAAUGACUGAUUAAUACAAUUGUGAAGAAAAAGAAAGAAAGAAAAACUCUAUUAUAAAAAAUAUAUAUCUCAAUUGUAUCUUUUGUUUUUCUUUCUACUCAAAUAUGAAGAGAAUUUUUAAGUAGAGAGUGUAAGGAGAAAUUUUUUAUGUUAACAAAUGUAUCAUUUUACUAAAUUGGUUUAAUACCA